GGGGCCUCCUCAUGCACCGACCGCCACCGGGAGCAUUUGAUACGGCGCGUCGACUUCGUCGUCUUCUUGCUCUAGCCGGAUUUCUGCAAAUUCGCGCCAAGUUGAGCCCUAAUUCCUCAGAUCACUGUCCCUCCGGUUCGGAAAGUGCCAUCCGUUUCCUUGCCAUUUCCGCAGCUGGCCGUUGACUAUGGCUUCGACGGAGGGUCUCAUGCCCAUAACCCGGAGCUUCCUCGCUUCCUACUACGACAAGUACCCCUUCUCCCCGCUCUCCGACGACGUCCACCGUCUCUCCUCUCAGAUUCGAUCCCUCUCCUCCGAUUUGCUCUCCCACCUCCCCCCUAAUGAAGGCGAGAGCGAGUUGGUGGAGGAAGCGGACCGCAGUGCUCCCCAUAAGGUUGAUGAGAACAUGUGGAAGAAUCGGGAACACAUGGAAGAAAUUGUCUUUUUGCUCGACAGAUCCCGUUGGCCGCCUGCGCUUCGGCAGCAAUCUGCCCCUGAACUGGCCGAGCUCGCUACCUCUUUCGAUCAGAUCAGGGACAAAUUUAAGCGGACCUUGAACACAUUGAUGUCUUUUCAAGCUAAAAACUCCGAGCGCGUGUUCAACACAGUUAUGACUUAUAUGCCUCAAGACUUCCGGGGAACACUUAUUAAACAACAAAGGGAGCGGUCUGAGAGGAACAAGCAAGCAGAGGUUGAUGCAGUGGUUAGUUCAGGUGGAUCUAUACGCGACAGAUAUGCUCUGUUGUGGAAACAGCAAAUGGAUAGGAGAAGGCAGUUGGCUCAGCUUGGCUCUGCAACAGGUGUCUAUAAAACCCUUGUGAAGUACCUGGUCGGAGUUCCACAAGUGUUACUAGAUUUUAUUAAGCAGAUCAAUGACGAUGAUGGACCUAUGGAAGAGCAAAGACAGCGUUAUGGGCCUCCUUUGUAUAGUCUUACAUCAAUGGUGCUUUCAAUAAGACUCUUUCUUUCACUCUAUGGGAGGCGGUUUCAGACUAGAAAAUUAGAAAGUGAUGAAGUAGCUGUUCUGGAGCAAGCAGUGAACGUUUAUAUCUCAGAAUUUGUUAGAUUCAUUACAUUUAUCAGUGAGGUCUUUGCCAAUUCUCCAUUCUUCAUUUCGGCAGAGGAAGCUGGUGCAAUUGAAGCCAGGAAUAAUGAUGACUUCAAGGAGAUAAGUAUACCUGCUGGUAAAACUCAUGAGGUUUCGUUGACAGUGGAUUCACUAAACUCGUAUAUUGCCUGGGAUUUCAUGCUUGUACAAGGAAAAGUGAAUCUGGAUAUCGGAUUCAGUGUGGAAUGUCUAAAUGCGUCGGGCCAAAAAACGCUGAUACUGCCCUACCGUCGCUAUGAGGCUGAUCAAGGCAAUUUCUGCACCUGCAUGGCUGGAAAUUAUAAGCUCAUCUGGGAUAAUUCAUAUUCUACUUUCUUCAAGAAGGCAUUGCGAUACAAGGUGGACUGCAUACCUCCGGUUGUGGAGCCAGCUCAAUCCACAGCAGAGGCAGAAGUAUGAUCAGGAUGACUUGUGUAUAUGUUUUUUAAUUGCGAGAUUCAUGCCUUUGCUGUGAUUAUUUCCCACAUUCGAGAAGAUUCGUGCAAUUCUUUGAAAUGCUUUAUCUCAGUCCUCUCGGUGCCCUUGACAUUUGACGGCGACUGCACAAGAGGAUUUGAUUAUCUGGCGUUGACAGUGGAAGCUUCUGUACUAAAUGUCUGCAAAAAUUUACCUAGUCCAACUGAUCUUUCUUGCAAUCAUUCCAAAAAAUUGUAAGCCAUAUUUGCUGUUCGUUGGUUGCUGGAAAUGUAGCAAUUGGGGAAGACAAGAUGUUACAAAUGAAUGACAAAAGGAGUGAUCGGA